GUUUACUCUACUAACGAACAUGAUCGAUCUGGUUCAACAAUCACAAUGAUCUCCGAAAUGCGAAAACAAGGUUAAAAUAUCCACAAAUUCUUAUUUUCAGUUAUUUUAUUAUAUCCACUCUAUAUCAUCUUCACAUAUCUCCAUCAUGAGACCGUCAUCUCUCAGAUUAGCCGACUUCGUCAAAUCGGCGAGUUAUUGCAGGGAUACAGUCAGAAAAUUAGACUAUCCUGCUCACUUAUGCGGUUAUUUCUAUCCAAAGUACGCUUUAGAUGACUAUUACGCACUCAAAGCAUGGAAUAUCGAGUUAGCAACGAUAAAAGACAGUUCAUCUAAGGACUUCAUAGCCACUCUUAGGCUUCAAUUCUGGAAAGAUACCAUCAACAAUGUCUAUAAGGGCAAAAUAACAAACGAACCAGUAGCCACAGCGCUAUUCGACUCUGUUCAAAAGUUUGAACUCCCUAGACAGUCUUUUAUGAACGUUAUAGAAGGCAGAGAACGUGAAUUGAGCCUGGAGACUCCGAGAGAUUUGCAAAGUUUAGGUACAGUAUUGGAGCUCACACAAUCAUCAUUAUUACAUCUUCAACUCGAGCUGUUACUCCCUCAAUUAACAGAAAUUGAUCCACUUGAGAAGGAAAAUUAUCAGCUUGCGUUAAGCCACAUAGGGAAGAGUAUCGGCUUGGCCACCCUACUACGUGCUCUCCCUUAUCAUGCGGCAAAGGGUCGACUAGUCAUACCAUCGGAUAUAAACGCUAAUCAUGGUGUCGUUGAAGAGGAGAUCCUGCGUAAACUCGAUAAAGUGGAUGGGGAUACGCUUGAGAAACUCUCUGACGCGACAUUUGAGUUUGCGACUGAGGCGAAUGACCAGCUGAUCGCCGCUAGGAGUCUCCUCAAAGACGGAAUAAGGAAGCAGCUGAUGCCUGUAUUCCUGAGUGCUGUCCCGCCUCAGGCAUACUUGAAUAGAUUGGAAAAGUACAACUUCAACCCAUUCGACGUGAAUCUACAGCAAAGGUAUUGGAAGCUGCCCUGGGAGGUAUACAAGUCGUUCAAAACGCAGAAGUUUUGAUUUGAGGAUGUGUUAUUUAUAUAAUAGAGACUAAUUUAUGCAUAACGAAGUUAUAUU